ACAGCGACUGAUCGUGUUGUUUAUCGUGUCGUUUCAGCAACUUUUGCCCGAUGAUGGUGGAGAAGCGAGUCUCGUGCCGAGAGGCAAACGGCACGGAGGAGUACGACGCCCAGAGCCGCCGAUGUCUCCAGACAGGCAACUACAAAGACUGCCAGACCACCGUGAAGCGCACGCGAACCCGUUACGUGGAGACCUUUAAAACGGUGAUGGAGCCCGGCCUCGGGUGCUGUCCUGGCUUCGAGGGACAACAGUGCAGGGAAGCCUGUUUUAACUGCACAAACUUCCGAGAUCUGCUGAGUCGUGUCAUUACGUUGGAGGCCUUCGUCAAAAUACGGAGCCCCUCGUCGGUGCCCCAGCCACGCCCAGCUAGCCCCGCCGAAGGGGCUCCGGCGCCGCCCAACGACGAGCCCGGCCGCGAGUUCCCACCGCCGGCGACAGGCCGGUGCGACUGCCCGCCGGGCCUGCCGGGUCCGCCGGGACCGCCGGGACUGCCCGGACUGCCCGGCACGGCCGCCACGGCUAGCCCCGAGAGCUCAGCAGGCCCACCGGGAGCGCCGGGCCUGCCCGGCCUGUCCGGCCCGGUGGGCCCCGAGGGCCCGCCAGGGCCGCCGGGACAGGACGGUCUGCCGGGACUGAGUGGCCCGCCCGGUCCGCCCGGACAGCCGGGCCCCGUCGGCCCGGCCGGCCGGCCAGGUGACGCCGGCCAGCCAGGGGACGUGGGCGGCCCGGCCCUGACGCCGGACCGGCCGCAGGACCGCUACUCAGUGCCGGGAGCACCGGGCGUGCCCGGCACUAUUGGACGUCCCGGACCGCCGGGACCGGCCGGCGAGCCGGGCCUCAGAGGCGAGCCCGGUCUGGUGGGGCUGCCCGGCGUGCAGGGCGAGGCCGGCCCUCCGGGACCGCGCGGCCCCCAGGGGGAGAAGGGCGAGGCCGGCCUGCAGGGCCUGCGGGGCCCGCCGGGCGAGCCGGGCCUCUCCGGACUGGCCGGGCCCAAGGGAGAGCCCGGCGAGCCCGGUCCGCCCGGCCUCGGCGGAGCCGCACCGGUCACCACGCCAGGAGAGGGGGCGCCAGCUGCGGUGGAAGAACUGACCAUAAAAGUGCUCACUCUGGAGGCCAGACUACAGGACAUGGAGAAGCAGCUUGCGGAGCUCAGAGCCGGCACCCUUGACCAAGAGCCUGUCGAGGGGACGCCGGAGGACUACAUCGACUACGACUACGGCGACGAGCCGGGCGCCACGAUCGCGCCCGGCCUCGGCGCCGCCGAAACCUACGACUACGGCGAAUACGGCGACUACAACAACUGGGACGACGACGGGUCUGGCGUGCGCAAGAGGCGUCGGCGGCUGUCGGGCCACCGGGGGCUGUCGAGCCACCGGCGGCGGGCGGGGCGCCGGCGGGGCCGCGCGCGCUUCUCCCGCCACACCGGCCGCGGUCGCACCCACUGAUCGGGUCGCACGCGCGCUGCCUGGCGGCCGGCCGCCGCGGCGCGGUGCAAGUCUUUCCAGUGACGUCAGCCGCCGCGUGGCCACACGGCCGCGCGUCUCCCCGCUCUCUCGGCGGGACGCGGCUUUGAUGCGAAGGGCGUUGCACGCUGACGCGUGCGGCUAGGCGAUAGCCGCAUCGUUCAGACAGUCGAGGCUGUGGUGCUGGCGUUGCUUUGAGGUGACUUCGACCAGGGCUGCGCGGCACGGGCGCGCCCGUGGCACUCGCCAUGUGUGGUGACACGCUGCACUGUAUCAGCGAGAUCGGUAAACACAUGAUCUUGAAAAAGAAUCCGUCACUGGGUCCAACAUGGGAUGCGUUCCAAAGUGCUCUAGCAUCGAAACAUGAAGCAUCGAAUUGGGUCUGAAAUAAUGUGUUCAGAUAAGCCUAACACUGCCGAGAGUUGUGUCCGUAAAAAUAAACCCAGCGUGGCAAC